GAAAAAGUAAAAAACUCUCGAGUACUUUUACCCAAUUUUCUCAACGCAGUGAACAAACUCUAAUCUGCGCACUUCCCCCGCCGCCCCCUGCACGCCGCUAACCUGCGCCACCUCCGUUUUCUCCCCCAAAUCAUCACCGAAAUAACCUACCUCCAUCCACCCGGCUUUAUCACUAACAUGCGCCUUCACCCCCUCUUCUCCAUCAUCCCCAUGGCCCCUUCCUCCUCCGUCAGAAAACCCCCCGCUCCCAAAACCCCUGUUCCCUCCGCCGCCGCUGCCGCCGCCCACCACCACUCGAAUUCUCCAAACUGCCCCUCCCUAUGCCGGCAUUCCCCCUCCGCUACCCUCGACCUUCUCAUCUUCGUCCUCGUCCUCUUCUCCGGCGCCUUCCUCAUAAUCUCCUACUUCUCCUACAUCGUCCAGUCCCUCUCCCUUCUCCUCCCGUCUCUCUCCGUCGUCGCCGCCCACCUCCACCGCAACCUCGCCUCCAGCCCCCAGUCCCAGCUGAUCUUCUUUGCCUUCUUCGCCGUCUCCUUCGUGGCAUUCGCCGUUUCCUUCGAGAUCUGCUGGGGGCACAGAUCCCGUAGGUGCGGUAGGAAGGGCUGCCGGGGGCUGAGGAGGGCGAUGGAGUUCGAUCUGCAGCUGCAGGGGGAGGACCUGCUGCGGGCCGCCGACGGGAACAAGGCCGUGAAAGAUGUCGACGACCUGCCGUGGAAGGGCGGCGCCAAGGACAACCCAGAUUACGAGUGCCUGCGUGCGGAGCUUAGGAAGAUGGCCCCGCCUAAUGGGCGUGCUGUACUGCUCUUCAGGGACAGGUGUGGGUGCCCUAUUUCCAAACUCGAGGGAUGGUGGCCCAAGCGUGGCCGGCGUCACAAGAAGAGCUUGGCCCAGGCUGGUGGAGGUGAUAAUCCCUGACUACUGAAUUGUUCACUUGUUCGUAGUCUUAUUCUUCUUUUGUCAUUCAAUUCAAAUGAGUUAAUGUCUGUCCCUGAAUGGCGCCAUUCAAUUCCUGUUCGAAGAAACUUUGUCCCAGUCCUUUAUUUUUUCCACCACAAUUCCUAGUUGAUGUAUGUCCUUGAAUGGUGUCUUAAACAAACUUAAACAUACCCGAGAAAGCUUUUCUCCCUAAGAAAUUAAGUUGAAAUGAGUUGAGGAGGAAGAUGCCUGCUUUGAGCAUGGAAGAAGCAUUUCAAUCAAUAGAAUAAUAGGAAUCUGUCGGCAUUGAUCAGUGUCUAAGAUGUAAACUACACGCCUGAGGUUCAGGCUGUUUACCACACACACAAAAAAAUAAAUAAAUAA